AGCCGUUAGACGUCGCCGCCUGACGCCCGACCGCAUGGCAGGAGCUUGUAAGUCGCUGUGCCCUCGAAACCCGCGAGUGUAACAGAAUCUCAUCACCUCUAACUUGUUACUCUGCAAGCAAAGCUUCUAUCACUGAAGAGACUCAAGCACUGAGAUCCUUGCGAGGGCCUCCUCAACAGCCUGGUGAAUCACCAGAUUCGUAACUCCGACAAGCAUGAGCAGCUCUCGAGGCCAAAUUUCGAGUUCCUCACAUGCAAACUUGAGCUUUAUCGCGACCAAUGCGCAAGUCCCAUUCUUGCCAGGAAAUACCUUGAACUUCAACUUGCCGAAUCAGAGAUUUUCAAGGGGGUCGACGCUCUCCUACACCAAUGGCUUUUCCAUCGAUAGGAAGGACCCAGUCGUCGCGAACAAGAGAGACUCCGGAGCCACCAGACGUGGCCUCAAACCUGGUUGGUCUAGUUCAUCUGGAAUGCGAGCGUGGACAGCGCCAUGCACCUUCAUCGAUUCUUCCAUGAGCUCGAGGCUGACACACUCCCAACGAAACAUGAUAUCUUACCUCAACAAACCUCCAAAGCUGCCAAACUAUGUUGUCUUGGAUAAAACCAUACUGCGAUUUCGAGCUUGGUUCAAGGAUGAGAUGUCCCUUUUGACAGGGCCGGAUCGCUUGAUAGUACACAAGUGUAUUCUUCUUUAUUAUCUCAUAGACGACUCGUUCAUGAUCAUGGAGCCCAGACAAGAGAACAGCGGCUUGAAUCAAGGCUGUAUCAUGCGAAGACAACAAGUCUCAAAGGAAGAUGGAUCAGAAAAUUAUUCUUGGAAAGAUCUUUUCAUUGGAGCUGAAAUCACGAUGAGAGCGAAGCAUAUCCAUUUGAUAGAUUGCGAUGAAUUUACAAGGUCAUGGUAUAUAGAGCAAGGAAUUGAAAUGGACCCUCCUCUUCAAGCUCCUGAGGACCCAUAUGAAAUCCGGGAAAUGGCCGAGAUGAAAAAGCGAAGAGAUUACGAGAUGGCGAAACAGAGAAGAAUUCAAAAGGAUUUGAUGCAAGUCGAAGAAGUGAAGCAUAGAUUCCUCACGUAUGAUCGACAAGUUUUGCGAUUCUAUGCAAUUUGGGAUGAUCGCUACAACUUGUUUGGGUUGAGACACUUUCUCGCUGUGAGAUUCUACUUGUCCGAUUUUACCAUCGACAUUCAAGAGUUUGAGGGUUCAGCUAGCGGCAAAAAGUCCAGAUUCCUUGCCCGACAGAGAGUUCCUAGAGAACCAACAAACCUCGAUGCGAUGAAGUCGCUGAAGAUUGAAGAUUGCCUUGCUGUAAACGACCUUUUUGUAGGCGCCAAAGUGAACAUUCUUGGGAAAGACAUUCUUAUAUACGAUUGCGACAAGUUCACAAGGGACUUCUAUCAAGAGCAGUUCGGGGAGGUCAUGACCUCAAUCGAUAUUUCUGAGCAGACUGUUCCCCUGCCUCGCCUCCCAACUCCUCCCUCCAACGGCAUUGGAGCUGAGGAGGAUUCCAUGCAGAACUGCAGGAUGCUGCGGCCUAAGCCGAUCCACAAAGACAUGGCCAAGUACAAGAAAUAUGCCGGAAAAGUUCUCCGGUUCGAAGCCAAGUGGGUAUCGGACAGACCAGAGGAGAAGAUAAGGACUUUCAUCAUUUCCUUCUACCUUGCCGACGACACCAUCUCUAUAUGGGAGACGAGUGGGGAUGGAAGAAAUACAGGCAUGUUCUCUGGAAAGUUCUUGGAAAGGAUGAAGCUAAAGAAGCCAGGAACCUUUGGAACCAAGACCAAGUACUACUCCAAGUCAGACUUCUACGUUGGAGCUGUCGUUGAAGCACAGACGAGAAAGUUUGAACUCAUCUCCAUGGACAAAUUCACAGAAAGGCUCAUGGAUACCGACGAUCAGGCAACAGCUGCCAUGUUUCAGAAGGAGCCUGUCGCUGUGAGGUUCCUGAGAAGAGUCUCGGAGCAUGAACUGCAGGAAUACAGGGAGAAAUGCGUAGAGGCAGACAAAGACAGCGAGGGAGUGAUCAGUCUCGAGGAGUUCAUGGAGAUAAUAUCUCCCAAGCUCACUGGAUUCUCGGAGAACGACAUCAUGGAGUUGGUCAAGCUCACAAAAGUACAAGACAGGGAAUUCAGAGGGGGUGUGAACUACGUUAGGUUCUUUGACGCUUUAGUGCGCGAAGCUUCGAAACAGGGGAAGUCAAAGCAUCCACAAGGAGAGCACCUUGCGUUUUCGAGUCAAAGUGCCUCCUUCAAAGCCCCUCACGAGAACUUCUCGCAAGACAAAGAUGGAAUUCAAUGGGCUGAUGGAGGAAUCGAACUGUCCUCCGAGAUUGAGGAAGGCAACUCCAGCUUAGAGGACAGUCGUGAAGCAUGAAAGUGGAAUUGUCCUCUAGCUUAUGUUUGUUACUAAAUCACAAAGAAAUGUACAUGUC